AAGGAGGGAGGCAUUCCUGGGAGAUUAACCAGCCGGGCCUGGCUCACCUGCUUCCUCCUGGCUCUCCCCACCCCAAAACGCUGCCAGAGCCCCCCGAGCGGGAGCAGAGCCGGGGUGGGAAGGGCAAAGCCUCUCCCUGGUUUCUGAGCUUGGAAAAAAGCAGGAUCCUCUUCCCGGCCGGGCUGGGAUCGAGCCCAGUGCCAGCCCCGGCCGCGUCCGAACCCCCGCGGGUUUCCACCACCUGCUUCCCGCCCGUGCCAGGCCGGAUGGUGGGGACGGUGCCCUGUCCCUCGGUGGUGCUGGCACGUCCCGGCCGUGGGAUGAUGCCCUGCCGGCCCUCACCGCCCAUCCAAAGGUCUCCCCGAGCCGGGAGCUGCGCCCAGAGCUCGCCGUUCCCACCCAGAUCCAGGUGAGGGGCUGAGCCCGGGGCUCGUCACCGGCUGCACUUUGGACACCGGCGGCCAUGGAAUAUUCCGAAUUCGGUGCCAAAGCCGCUUCCCCGGCCUCGGUUUCCGGCUGCAGCACCGCCGAGCCCGCGGCGAUGGAGCGGCCGGCGGGGAUGGAGAAGCAGAGCCCGGUGGAUUACGGCGUCCAGAUCCGCUUCAUCAACGACCUCCAGGAGCCCCGCAGACCCCCGAAGCCGCGGGGCAAGCCCGGCUCCUACGGCGUGGCCGUGCGGGUCCAGGGCAUCGCCGGGCAGCCCUUCGUGGUCCUCAACAGCGGCGACAAGGGCGGCGACUCUUUCGGGGUGCAGAUCAAGAGCGACGGGUCCUACCCGACCCCCCCCUGGCCCUCGGGCUCCGUCAGCUCCGACUCGGACCUGCCGGAGAACCCCUACGCGGGGCGGCAGCGCCGGCACGGCUCCUACAGCACCUCGGACGAGGAGGCUCCGGGGGGCUCGGGGGGCUCCCGGCGGGACCCCCAGCCCGCGGCGGGCGAGGAGCUGCGGAGGACACAGUCCCACGGGGACCUGCUCAGCGCCGCCGCGGAGGAGCCCCCGGCCCGCGGCAUUCCCGGGAUCCAGCGGCAGCAGCAGCAGCAGCAGCGCCGGGCCCCGACCGGUGGGAAGAGCGGCAGCGCCUCGAGCAUCGCCCCGGGGCACAAACCCGCCAGGGCCGCGGGCGAGGGCCCGUCCUCGGACCCGGAGGUGGCCGGGGGGGACGUGGACACCAAGCCGCUGUCCUCGGUGGAUUCCCUGAUCAGCAAAUUCGACGGGAAGGGGCAGCAGCAGCAGCGGGGAAGGGCCGCCAGGAGGGGCCGCAUCCCCUCGGCCGAGAGGAAGCGCUCGCAGAGCCUGGACGGCCGCGUGUCCCACCGGGAUGUCCCGGACGGCCGCGUGUCCCACCGGGAUGUCCCGGACGGCCGCGGGACUCGCCCCCAGCCCUCGGGACCCGCCGGCAGCCGCAGCCCCCCGCGGGGAUCCGGGGGGAUGGAGGGCGGAGGGAUGAAGGUCCAGCGGGGAAUUCGGGCCGCGGAGGAGCAGAGCAAAGCCCGGGCAGAGCUGCAGCUCAAAUCCACCCCGGACCUGCUGCGGGAUCAGCGGGAGGUGGCCCAGCCUGGCAGCAGUGAACACCCCAAGGAGCUCAUCUACAGCAUCCUGAAGGAGGGGAGCAGCGAGAGUGAGAUCUCCCUGAAGAGGAAAACCUCCCGGCUGCUGGAGAAGAUGCAGGAGCUGGUGGUGCCCCCCAAGGACGGGGCGUGUUCCCAACCCCAGCACAGGGAACUGGCCAGGAAGGUGGAGGAGCUGCAGGAGAAGCUCGAUGAGGAGACCAAG